AUGAGCGUGAGAAUGACGUCUGGGUUCGCAGAUUAAACUUAGUGUUUCAUAAAGUGGAAGCCCAAACAAGAGAUUGAAUAUAUUCUGCAGGGAAUCAGUUGGCUAUUUAAUAUUACAGGAAUAUCAUCGUUUAUCUUAUGAAGAUUUUGUUUUGAACCAACGUUCAUUAAUUUGGUUUUGGUUGAAUAUAAUGAUGCCGUACGAGUGUUUAGUCUGAGAGAAUGCCGUAGAGCGAACCUUCCUCCUGAGUUCGGUAUUGCAUGUUAUGAAUCCAAGAUUAGACCCGUUUUAGAGUAUGCAGCUCCGAUAUGGGGUGGUUUACCACAAUAUCUCACUGAUGAAAUAGAGAGCAUUCAAAACAGAUGCAUCAAAAUCCUCGGCACAUCUCGGUGCAACUUUGAAACGUUAGAACAAAGAAGGGCACACCUAACUGUUAAGGAAUACCAAAGAAUUCUAAGUGAUCCGACCAACCCAUGUAAUAAACUUAUCCCCUAA